GGCGGUUACUUUCAUAUGUCUCCAGUGAACAUCUGGAAGAGGUUGCUCGCGCUGUUCUUUACUCUGAGGAUUAUUUCAGAGUACGACUGCAACUUCAAAAUGUCUUUCGUAAAAGUGCAGGAAAAAAGUGACUUUUCUUAUCACAACUUGCCUUACGGAGUUUUUUCCACGCCGGAUAAUCCGAGGCACAGAAUCGGCGUUGCUAUUGGAGACCUGAUUUUGGACCUCAGUGUUAUCAAGCAUCUUUUCAAUGGACCGGCUCUUGGAGCCCAUCAGGAUGUUUUUGAACAGCCCGCACUCAAUGCUUUUAUGGCUCUGGGUUAUGAUGCUUGGAGAGAGGCGAGAAAGUGCCUCCAGAUGCUUCUAUCUGCAAACGAGUCCAUGCUCCGUGAUGACGCCAGUUUAAGAAGCCGGGCUUUUGUUCAGCAGAGUUCUGCAGUGAUGCAUCUCCCAGCUGAGAUCGGCGACUACACAGACUUUUACUCAUCGAGAGAUCAUGCCACCAAUGUUGGAAUAAUGUUCCGUGGAAAAGAAAAUGCCUUGAUGCCCAACUGGCUGAGACUGCCAGUGGGGUAUCAUGGGAGAGCUUCAUCUGUGGUGGUCUCUGGAGCACCAAUCAGAAGACCUCGAGGACAGAUGAGGCCAGACGCAGCUCAGCCGCCCAUCUUUGGACCUAGCAAGCAGCUAGAUAUAGAGUUAGAGAUGGCGUUUUUUGUGGGAAAAGGGAACAAGCUGGGAGAGCCAAUCCCAGUGGAGAAGGCUCACGAGCACAUCUUCGGCAUGGUGCUUAUGAACGACUGGAGCGCUCGGGAUAUCCAGGCUUGGGAAUAUGUACCAUUAGGUCCGUUCCUGGGCAAGAAUUUUGGGACCACUAUCUCGCCCUGGGUCGUUCCCAUGGAAGCACUGAUGCCCUUUGUCGAGCCCAAUCCGGUCCAGGACCCUGUGCCUCUUCCAUACUUGCGUCACGAUGACCCGUACACAUUCAACAUCAACCUCUUUGUCACUGUGAAAGGUGAGGGGAUGCGAGAGGCUGCCACCAUUUGCAAGUCCAAUUUUAAGUACAUGUACUGGUCCAUGAAACAGCAGCUGGCACACCACACAGUCAAUGGCUGCAACACCAGACCAGGAGAUCUGCUGGCAUCAGGCACCAUCAGCGGACCGGAUCCAGAGAGUUUCGGCUCUAUGCUGGAACUCUCAUGGCGAGGAUCCAAGACUAUUGACCUCGGCAAUGGAGAGAUGAGGACCUUCCUGAAGGACGGGGAUGAGGUCACGCUCACAGGUUAUUGUGAGGGCAGGGGUUAUAGAGUGGGAUUCGGUCUGUGUGAGGGGAAGAUCCUUCCUGCCCUGCAACAGUGACCCAGCUCUCUGAAUCUCCUUCCCUUCUUUAAGCCAGACAAACCACAGUAUUAUGCAUUAUCUGUUUAAACCUGUUUAGUGGUCUUUUAGAAAACAACAAUCUGAAUUCACAAUCUGGCAUAUU